GACACAAACCAUAAAGUAUAGACUAAAUGUUGAUAUUUGAUUUUGAGUUUGACAUUCAUCAUAGCACAUAAUCACAAAAUUGAAAAUAAAAGCGUUUUUACGGACAAGAACAAGAAAAAAUCAAGUUCAGUUUAUAAAUAUGGCUCAAAUAAAUACAUGGAAAUACAUUGAAGAGGGAGAUUUGUCUGGAUUUACUCUUAUCGUGCCUAGCGUGGCCGUUGGAAAUGUGGCCCAGCUUACUUGUGAUUUACUGAUUUCCUCUUUGAAAAUGACGAAAAUUGCAAAAAUCCAAAGCCUUGCGACUAUUCCAGUCCUGGGUUACGAUCCUUAUGAUAUAAAUUCCAAUGAGCUUUCGUGCUCUUGUGAAUUAUAUCGCAGUGAAGUUAGAAAAGUUUUAGUGUUACAAAUUCGAGCCCCUCUAGUCUUAAAACACGCGCGAAGUUUCCUGACUGAAGUUAUUGAAACGUUAAAGACAAAGAAAAUAAAAGAUGUUAUUAUUCUAACGAGUAGCUAUGCUCAUGAGAAAAGACAUAUAAUGACAUCACCAUUCAGAUUCAAGAUGAAUGAUUUGUGUCCAUAUAAAAAUAAAAUUAAACAUUUAAAUUGGACUGAGCAUGAAUGUUUAGAAGAUGAAUUGAAUAUAUUUGGUGGAGGAUUUGCUUCAUUAUUGUAUAAAAUUGUUAGUGAAGAAUCUGUGCCUUGUUUGUUGAUAUAUAAAUAUUGUUCUGAAGGAGACAACAUACCCGAUGCAUUUGAUAUGAUACAGCAAUUAACUUAUGUGCUGCCAUUGUUUAGUGGGCAGAAAGAUUUGUUAUCACAGCUAGUUCAACCAGUGUCUUGGAAAUUUUUAUUUGGCAGACCACCACCCAGAGAAAUAUAUUGAUUUAAAUAUUGUACUUAAUUAUUAUUAAGAAGUGAUUGUAAUGCUAUAUUUUUACAGUUUCAAUAAUUGUCAUUAUUAAAUUUCUUUUGUGAAUAAACAUUUUUCACUGUUGCAAUA